AUGCGCUUCCAUAGCAUCCUCCCCCUUUUCCUCCUCCCCACUCUUCCUCUCCGAUUCACCAUCGCCCACCCAUCCCCGGUCAAGCGCUUGAACCCCAACAACUCUGCAAACGCCGACUCUCAAGUUCUAAAUUUCCUACUAACCCUCGAACAUCUCGAACGCGCUUUCUACUUGGCGGCGCCGCAGAAAUACUCUGCGCAGGGCUUCGUCACGGCGGGGUACACAAUCUCGGACUAUGGUCGCUUUAGACAGAUGGGCGUGCAUGAGGCGAGUCAUGUGGAGUUUUUGGAGAGUUCGUUGGCUGCGGCGAGGAUGGAUAGGGUUCAACCUUGUGUUUACUCUUUCCUGGACAACGACCCCAAAUUAUUUGUCGCUGCCAGCCUGAUGCUCGAGAACGUCGUCGCGUCGGCGUACAACGCUGCCCUCGCUUAUAUAAAGGACAAGGCAUAUUUAGCAGCAACAGCCUCUAUAUUUGGCGUCGAAUCGCGGCACGCGAGUUUCGUAAGCGCGGUGCCUCUGGCCUCGAACCCGUGGAACACAGCAUACGAGACGCCUCUCUCAAUGAACCAAAUACUCACCCUCAUAUCCCCCUACACACAACAAUGUCCAGCCUCCAACGCCGCCCUCCUCCCCGCCUCUCUUCAAGCCUUCCCACAGCUAACCAUCGACACGCACCCAACGCCAUCCCAAUCCAUCAACCUCACAUUCGCACCACCCGCAAAGCCGCUUAGCGAAGCAGAAUCAUUAUUCGUGGCGUGGAUAUCUGGGAUGGGGGUCGUUGUUACUCAGGUUGAGGGAGAGGGACAGCUGACGACGCAGGUGCCGGCUGAUAUGGCGGAUAGAGGGGCGGUGUAUGUGUUGGUCGUACGGGGCUCGAAGGAUAUGAGUAAUUUAAGGAUGGAUGAUGCGAGUACUGAAGCGGGGCCUGCGUUUGUUGUGUUUCCUUUUGGGGGUGAUGCGUAG